UGGACAGUAUAGUUGUAGUAGGUUAGUAGUCAUAGUGUUGUCUAGAUGGACAGUAUAGUUGUAGUAGGUUAGUAGUCACAGUGUUGUCUAGAUGGACAGUUUUUAUAGUUGAACGUUUUUGAUGAGAGACGCACAUACUCAAGUUAUCUCCCUCUAGCAUGUGGUGGACCGUGCAACACCCUGACACACACACACACACACACACACACACACCCAUGACACUUAUCCAGACAACAUGCUACGGAUGAAGACUGAGCUUGAGUAUGAAGAAAAAACGAGAAUUAUGUUUAUUGCCUGUUUUAGUUGUGGCCUGUCUAGUGUCCAUAAUGGGUGGUUCAUCUCUCCCUAGCCCUAUUCUGAUUGGUCCAGACAAGGCCUACCUGAACUCCAAGGUAGUGUUCCAAUGUAGGUCACCUGGGUCUCCUCCACCAAACACAUACGAGCUCCUGAAGGAUGGCAACCACCUGGUCGCCACGAGCAACGACCUCCAAGACGACCAAUCGGCUACGUUCUUCCUGAAGAUCUCUGUGACGUCAGAAGGAUCGUACCACUGCAGGGUGACGGCAGGUGGUAACAUGGGCCUCAGUGGAACAGUCCGUCUGCAAGUAGUGAUCCCUGUCUCAGGCACUAUGGUGACCUCUGACCCUGAUCCUCCCAUUCUCUACGAGGGGUUGAGGCUCACUCUCACCUGUGAUGUCACCAAGGGCUCCCACCUCUCCUACACCUGGUUCUACAACAGACAGGAAGUGACAUCAUCUCCAACCUCACCUUUGACCCCGCUUCUGCUUUGGCCGGUGGGGAACACGCUGGUGGUGGAGAGGGUCACAGCAAAGCAUGCUGGGAAUUAUUCGUGCAUUGCGGGGACCAGGAUGCAGACCAACAGCAGGUUCUCCAGCAGCAGAGAGGUCACGGUUAGGGUCAAAGCCUAUCUCUCCGUACCCCAAAUAUCCUUCACCAUCUCCAAAGAGGGUUCGAGUUACCGCAGCAAUGUGACCUGUAGGUCAUCAAGGGGAACCCCUCCCGUGACCUUCUACCUCUUCCUUGACGACAAAGAGGUGGGUUCCGACGUGGCAACGGAGUCGCUGGUUGCCUGGUUCCCCGUUGCCAUGGUUCCCGGGCGUGACAUGGGCACGGUGCGGUGUACAGUGGAGAGUGAUGCACAGAGACUGACCAGCAGACCCCUCACUCUGGUAGUGGUCCCAGUAGGAGGCUCACCAAAGGUGGAUGUGGAGUACCUUUACAGGGUUGAUUCCAAGAUGGCCGCCGCUCGUCUCCAAUGCCUCCUGGGCCUCGGGACAUUCCCUUUCUUCUCCUGGUCCCUCAACGGCUCCCUCCUCCUUCACCCCUCCGAGGGAGACUCCUCUCACCCCUCUCACGCCCUCGCGGACGGAGGGCGCACCCUAUUCCUCACCGAGAUCACCCUAGAGGACUCUGGGUAUUAUCGGUGCAGGGCAAGGGACAGUUAUGACGUAACGUCCGCCUGGGUGGAAAGCCAACCUGUCCUUGUGCAGGUCACAGAAGUUGCCACGACAACCAUAGAGGUCAUGGCCAUAGUAUUCUGCUGUUUCCUCAUGCUGACCCUGGCAGGGGGUGUGGCCUGUGUGAUGAGGAUGCUCAACCGCCAACGAGGUGGGUGUGUUCAGAAUAUGGUCAUUGUUCUUAAAUGUAUCACUCUCAGUCUUUCUCUCUCUCUCUCUCUCUCUCUCUCUCUCUCUCUCUCUCUCUUCCUCCCCCCUCUCUCUCAGACGUUGUUGCAAGCAGCGAGCAGAGAGCGAGAGCAGCAAAUGAAAGACGAUUCAGCGAACAUUUCUGCAUCAUUCCAGAUCCACUUCCUCUGUCUGACAUCACUACCAGGUCAGGGGUCAAGCAAGUGGACACUUCCUGUGUUGACAGUGAUGUUGAGAAUCAGACCCUUGAGAUCACAAUAUAACCGACGUGAUGAAAUAAAACCCAACCUAAGACCGACGAGUUCCUCACAAAAUAAUCCUUCAAUGUCAUUUUAUCCAACAAACUAUUUAUAACGUUUUUUUCAAACACUUCAGCCCAUUUCUCAGACUGAAGUGUUAUAUUUUCAAAACUCUUACAACAAAACUCAAAACUCAUAUUGAUUGCAGUACUCGCGGGGGUAAUACACUCGACCACUGCUACUUCCGUGAUCCAUACAAAGCCCUUCCCCGCCCUCCCUUCGGCAAAUCCGACCACGGCGCCAUCUUGCUCCUACCGUCUUAUAGGUAGAAACUCAAACAGGAUGUACCAGUGACUAGAACCAUUCAACGCUGGUCUGACCAAUCGGAAUCCAUUCUUCACGAUUGUUUGAUCACGCAGACUGGGGUGUGUUCCGAUCAGCCUCAGAGAACCACAUCGAUCUAUACGCUGACUCUGUGAGUGAGUUUAACAAUCAAACAAGCGAAAUGCCGGUACAGGGACAAAGAUGAGUUGCAAUUCAAUGGCUCAGACAUAAGACGUGUGUGGCAGGGCCUACAGGAAAUCAUGGACUACAAAAAGAAAACCAGCUCUGUCACGGACACCGACGUCAUGCUUCCAGACAAACUGAACACCUUCUUUGCCCGCUUUGAGGAUAUACAGUGCCAACGUUGAGGCCCGCUGUCAAGGACUGAGCCCGCCCUUUCCUUCUUUGUGGCCGACGUGAGUAAAACAUUUAAACGUGUUAACACUGCUGGCCCAGAUGGCAUCCUAAGCCGUGUCCUCAGAGCACGUGUCCUCAGAGCACGUGUCCUCAGAGCACGUGUCCUCAGAGCAGGUGCCCUCAGAGCAUGUGCCCUCAGCGCAUGUGUCCUCAGAGCAUGUGCCCUCAGAGCAUGUGUCCUCAGAGCAUGUGUCCUCAGAGCAUGUGUCCUCAGAGCAUGUGUCCUCAGAGCAUGUGUCCUCAGAGCAUGUGUCCUCAGAGCAUGUGUCCUCAGCGCAUGUGUCCUCAGCGCAUGUGUCCUCAGCGCAUGUGUCCUCAGCGCAUGUGUCCUCAGCGCAUGUGUCCUCAGAGCAUGUGUCCUCAGAGCAUGUGUCCUCAGAGCAUGUGUCCUCAGAGCAUGUGCCCUCAGAGCAUGUGCCCUCAGAGCAUGUGCCCUCAGAGCAUGUGCCCUCAGAGCAUGUGCCCUCAGAGCAUGUGUCCUCAGAACGUGCGCAGACCAGCUGGCCGGUGUGUUUACCGACAUAUUCAAUCGCUCCCUGUCCCAGUCUGCUGUCCCCACAUGCUUCAAGAUGGCCACCAUUGUUCCUGUACCCAAGAAGGCAAAGAUAACUGAACAAAAUGACUACUGCUCCGUAGCACUCACUUCUGUCAUCAUGACGUGCUGAGAGACUAGUCAAGGAUCAUAUCACCUCCACCUUACCGGCCACCCUAGAGCCAAUUCAGUUUGCAUACCACCCCAACAGGUCCACAGACAAUGCAAUUGACAUCACACUGCCCUAUCCCAUCUGAACAAGAGGAAUACCUAUGUAAGAAUGCUGUUCAUUGACUACAGCUCAGCAUUCAACACUAUAGUACCAUCCAAGCUCAUCAUCAAGCUGGAGGCCCUGGGUCUCAACCCCUGUGCAAUUGGGUCCUGGACGUUCUGACGGGCCUCCCCCAGGUGGUGAAGGUAGGAAACAACAUCUCCACUUCGCUGACCGUCUUACGGGCACUCGGAGUGUAGUGUCAGGAAAACAAAUUCUCAAUCAACGUCAACAAAACAAAGGAGAUGAUCGUGGACUUCAGAAAACAGCAGAGGGAGCACCCCCCUAUCCACAUCGAAAGGACAGCAGUGGAGAAGGUGGAAAGUUUUAAGUUCCUGAGCGUACACAUCACAGACAAACUGAAAUGGUCCACCCACACAGACAGUGUGGUGAAGAAGGCGCAACAUCAUCUCUUCAACCUCAGGAGGCUGAAGAAAUUUGGCUUGUCAUGUUACGUUCCCCAGUUUAUGUUGUAGUUUGUGUAUUUGCAUGUGUUUAUUUCAGGAAAUGGCUUCCUGAAAUCCCUCAAGCAGCUGAUUGGUCGACUCCAUGGCUAAUUGGAGAGCUGACCCCGCCCCCUCGUCAAGACGCAGCUGUCUCCAGUUACACAUUCAUUCUGAAGCUAUAUAAAAGCCAGAGUUCUGUUCAGGAGGUUCAUUGCUGGGGAUCAUUGCUGGGAGGUCAUUGCUGGGAGGUCAUUGCAGAGAGAUUGAAUGUGAUAGAGAAUCAUUGCUGAGAGAGGAGGCUGAUGGCUGUGGAUAAUUUACUAUGUUAGUUGUUGGUAGCACUUGGUAUGUUCUGUGAGUUUGUUGCUCAGAUAGAGCUUAUUUGAUGUCCUUUGUUUGUUUGAGAAAUUAUUUGUUCUCCUGUUUCACUUGUUCCCAGGGGGGAAGGGGAAGGUAAGACCUGGGCGGACCACCCCCUGUAUUUUGGUUAGGGCACCAGGUGGUGCUAAAUUAGGUAAGUAUUGGUUAGGCAGGUAAGAUAGGAGAGGGGGGGGGGGCUUUGAGAUUUACUUUCUUUGCUUUGGUUCCGUCCAGCCCCUUUUCCCCAUAUUACCGUGUAAACGAAUAAAGUCCUUGUAAACGGUA